CUCUCAAACUAGCUUAAUUACCAGCUAAAGCAAACCAAGAGACGAGGUAUAUAUCUCGACGACGAGACGAAGCAAAGCAAGCAAGGUGUGAUCUGAUCCAAGUUUUUGGAGAAUGGCGUCCAUGAUGGGAGGAGACUUCGUGGAGGCGUACGUGCUCAAGAACGCCUACAAGGAGAAGCUCAGGCGCAUGGAGGCCGCGGAGGCGGCUGCGGCGGCGGCGGUGGCCGGGAAGAAGGACGUCGCCGCCGCCGCCGAUGGCUCUGCGGGGCAGAAGAAGGCGGCUGCGGGCGGCGGGAUGUUUGGGUUCAUGAAGAAGAAGGUGCACCCCAGAGCGGCGGAGACGGCGCCGGCGCCGGCCAUGGAAACCAGUAGCGCUUGAUCGAUCAAGAGCUGGCCUUCUUCCUCCCCUCCUCCUGUUGAUUCCGCUCUUUUGCUACUAGUUGAGCUUGUUCCUGGGUUUAAUUAUAUUAUUACUAGUAGUAAUCUCCAGCUGGCUGUUCGAUAGGAUGAUGAAGAUUGUGUAGUGUGUUCUUUACUUGUUUCUCUUCUUUUGAAGAGGUGUGUGUAACUCACUCCAUGUAAAUGUUGGUUCAUUUGUUGCUUUCUUUACUUGAAAUGGGAGUAAAAGAAAAGUAAUUAAGUAAAAGAGGACUCAUCUGUUCUCCAUCAA